ACUCCAAAUUUCACGUUAGCUUUUCCCUAUAAGAAGCCUUGUUAUGCUCUUCACUUCUUUCACUCAUUUAAGUGGUUUUAAGUCACAUUCCCUACAAAAUGGGGAGUUUUCCAUUGGUUAAACUUCUUAUUAUUCUUCUUAACUUUGGCACCCUUUUCACUUCUUUGGCUUGCCCUACUUGCACUUACAUUCCUCCUCCUGAACCACCAGUUGUGCCUUGUCCUCCACCACAGUCUCCUCCACACACAAAGCCACCGUAUUCGCCCGUCGUCAAACCACCUUCUCACCCACAUAAACCUAUUGUCAAACCAUCUCACCCUCAACCACCCUUUGUAAAACCACCUCACCCUUACAAACCUCCAAAACCACCUGUCAUAAAACCACCUCAUCCUUACAAACCUCCAAAACCACCUGUCACAAAACCACCUCAUCCUUACAAACCUCCUAAACCACCAGUUGUAACCCCACCAUACAGUCCACCCUAUACACCAAAACCUCCUGUUGUAAGCCCACCAUACACCCCAAAACCACCAAUUGUGAGCCCACCUUACACCCCAAAACCACCAGUUGUAAGCCCACCGUAUACUCCAAAACCACCAGUUGUUAGCCCACCAUAUAGCCCACCCUACACUCCUAAACCACCAGUUGUAAGCCCACCAUACACCCCAAAACCACCAAUUGUGAGCCCACCUUACACCCCAAAACCACCAGUUGUAAGCCCACCCUAUACCCCAAAACCACCAGUUGUAAGCCCACCCUACACGCCUAAACCCCCUGUUGUGAGCCCACCUUACAGUCCACCCUACACACCAAAACCACCAGUAGUGACCCCACCUUACAGCCCUCCCUACACUCCAAAACCACCUGUUGUGAGCCCACCAUAUAGUCCACCCUACACACCAAGCCCACCUGUUGUGACCCCACCUACUCCAAUAACUCCACCAGUAACCCCACCACACUCACCAACUCCACCUGUUGUGGUCCCACCUUACGUACCGGCACCACCAAUAACAACCCCACCAACACCCGAAACACCAUGUCCACCACCACCAUCACCAACGCCGCCAUCAACAGCACAGCCAACAUGCCCAAUUGAUGCAUUAAAGUUAAAUGCAUGUGUUGAUGUGUUAGGUGGACUUAUACACUCUGGAAUAGGAAGUGGUGCUAAGGAUGCUUGUUGUCCUGUCUUAGAUGGUCUUUUGAACUUAGAUGCUGCUGUUUGUCUUUGUACAACAAUCAAAGCCAAGCUUCUUAACAUUGAUAUCAUUCUUCCUAUUGCUCUUCAAGUAUUAAUUGAUUGUGGAAAAACUCCUCCUUCUGGUUUCCAUUGUCCCGCUUAGUGUAAAUCUCGACCAGCGGGAGUCACUUAAUAACAUCGAUAAAGUAUGUUUAAAGUUUUUCAAAAAAAACCCUCUUUUUAUUUUUAAUUAUAUAUGAAUUUAUGUGUUUUUUCAAAGUGUUAAAAAUUGUAGUGAAUGAAAUGAAUUUGCUAUUUGUACUAAUAGUUAGUAGAAUUGUAAACUUUUUCAAGAAAGUGUAGUAUGUAUUAUUAUUUGAGUUGAUGAAGUAUGGAUUGAUACUAUUUUUAUUCA